UUGGCUUAAAACUAGAGAAUGCAAGAUUGUUCUAUUAUUUUUGUUUUUUAAGUAAAAUGAGCGAUUCAGAAUCAGAUGAAUUAGAAGUUGAGGAUGAAGAAACUGAUGAAGACGAACAACAAAAUAGUGCCAGUGAUCAGGUUGUGGUGAAUCAAACUGCAAGUAAGGUUCCCUCUGAAAUACAAGUUGAGGAUCAAAUAUUUGAUAUUUCUUUCCACCCUGUAAAAAAUGUGAUUGCUUGUGGUGAAAUCACAGGAAAAGUGAGCGUGUUCUCCUAUUCAACCGAAUUGAACAAAAAGUUAUGUGUUUUUAACAAUCACAAGAAAGCUUGCCGUUGCUUGUCUUUUUCGACAGAUGGUGAAAGACUCUACACUUGUUCAAAAGAUAAAUCCAUACAGGUCAUUGAUUUAAAUUCUGGUUCUCUUAUUCACAAUCUACCCAAAGCACAUGAGAAAGCUUUAAACAGUAUGAAGAUCCUCUCUCAAAACUACAUGGCAACUGGUAGUGAUAAUGGAACCAUUAAAGUGUGGGAUACAAGGACGUUUUCAACUAUUGCUGAAUUUUCUGAUUGCAAGGAUUACAUAUCAGACAUGACGUGCGAUAAAGAUAAAAAAUAUUUAUUAUGUACCAGUGGUGAUGGCGUCUUGUCUGUUUAUAACUUACGUAAAAAAGUUCUGGAGCAAGCCUCAGAUCAACUUGAUGAAGAAUUGUUGUCAGUGGCUAUUGUGAAGAAUGGUCAAAAGGUGGUGUGUGGGAGUGCAGAUGGAGUAUUGAAUAUUUAUUCUUGGGGAGAAUGGGGUGAUAUAAGUGAUCGCAUUCCAACAGAAAAUGAUUCCAUUGAUUCAAUUUGUCCAAUCACAGAAGAUAUUAUAUGUACUGGUACAGAUGACAGUUACAUAAGAUCUCUUUACAUCCUUCCUCAUCGUGCUAUUGGUGUGAUAGGUAAACAUGGAACAUUUGGAAUAGAAAAUUUAAAACUAUCUGAAGAUAAACAACUUUUAGCUAGUUGUGCUAGUGAUAAUGUUGUAAAGUUUUGGGAUGUGUCCUCACUUCAUGAUGAACAUAUUGAACCUGUUAAACAGAAGAAACAAAACAGAAAAAGAAAAAUGGCUGACUGCUCAACUUCAAAAGGAGACUUUUUUGCAGACUUGUAGAAUAAAAAUUACUUUUACGAAGACUUAACGUGACAAUCUUUAGCUUCAGAAAAUCUGAUUCAAAAAACUCAUUUUCAUAUUUUAUAUUUUAAUAUUUACAUGAUAUUAUACAGUUCUUAAAAAACCGUUAUGUAACUGCAGCGAUCUCAUCUUCCAAAAUAUUUUCUGGAAGUAUAA